AUGUCUACUAACGUCACCUGGCACGCCAAUAUAAAUUAUGAUGAAAGGGUUUCCCUAAGGAACCAAAAAGGCUGUACAGUUUGGCUGACGGGCCUCAGUGCAUCCGGUAAAAGUACUAUUGCUUGCACACUAGAAAAAUUGUUAUUGCUAGAAGGUAUAUCUGCGUACAGAUUGGAUGGUGACAAUAUCAGGUUUGGAUUAAAUAAAGACUUGGGUUUCACCGAAGAAGAUCGUAAUGAAAAUAUUCGAAGAAUUGCUGAAGUUGCUAAAUUGUUUGCGGACUCGUGCACUGUAGCGAUAGCGGCCUUUAUUUCCCCUUAUAAGGCGGAUAGGGAAAAGGCUAGAGAAUUGCACAAGGAUGCAGGGUUAGACUUCAUCGAAGUCUUCAUCGAUGUUCCCAUAGAGGUCGCAGAAAACAGAGACCCGAAAGAAUUGUACAAAAAAGCCAGAGCUGGUAUUAUCAAGGAUUUCACCGGUAUCUCUGCUCCGUAUGAAGCACCUGAAAAUCCAGAUAUCCACUUACGCACCGAUAAAGAAACCGUUGAACAAUGUGCUGAUCACAUACUGCAGUUUCUGAAAAAGCUAGAGAUACUGCAAUCUUCUUCUGCUUGUUCUAACCACAGCAACAGUGUCGAGACCGCGGUGUGA